UGCCUGUCAGAUGAUGCUGUGGGCCGGGAGCGCCUCUUUCACACUCCCAUGUAUUUACGUACAACAGCGGGUCUCCCAGGAAGGACAAAUUAAAUGAACACGGCCGAUGGAAACGCAGGCCUGUCUGUGAUGUAAAAGCCCGGCCCGGAUGUUCAUUGCACUUAUUGGGGAAAAAACUAUGACUCUUUCAAACGACUGACGAUUUGGGAUCCCGUUACUCCUUACACUUUUGCGUGCAUCCAAACCGGCCAGACAUUCAUUCAUUUAUAAGCUGCUGCAACCACAGUCUGGCUUUAUCCGAACCCUUUACUGGAGUCUGCUUUUCUUUUUUUUCCAAGUCCUGUAGUGAGGAUGGAUACCAGGGUGUCUUUUCCCAGUCGUCGGCUGCUGGUACUUCUUUGCACGGCUGCUGCCCUUUUAGGGACCCGGAGCCCUUUGGCUGCAGCGGGGAGAAGCUGCUCGGACACCAGGCAGGUGUACUUGGAGAAGGGGUACAGCACAAGCACCGCUCCGCUGACUCAAAUUUCUGGUGAGCACCUGCGGCUCUGUCCUCAGGACUACACUUGCUGCUCCAGUCAGAUGGAGGAGACUCUGGCCCAGCAGAGUGAAAGGGACUUCCUCAAAGCAGUUUCAGACAACAGCCAGUUUCUCUUGACCACCUUUACCCAGAGACACCGCAGGUUUGACGAGUUCUUCAAAGAGCUUAUAGACCUUUCAGAGAAGUCUAUGAACCAGAUGUUUACCAAGACCUAUGGCCUGCUCUUCACCCAGAACGCACACGUCUUCCAAGAGCUUUUCCUGGAGCUUCGCAGAUAUUAUUCUGGGGGAAGUGUGAGUCUGGCAGAGGUUCUGUCAGAUUUCUGGUCCAGACUUGUGGAGCGGGUCUUCUCUCUGGUAAACCCCCAGUAUCAGUUCAGUGAGGACUACCUAGAGUGUGUCAGCAAGCACGCCGAACAGCUGCAACCAUUUGGGGAUGUCCCUCGCAAACUUCGUGUACAAGUGUCGAGGGCUUUCAUAGCAGCCAGAGCGUUAUCUCAAGGGCUUGCUACUGGUCGGGACAUUGUCAACAAAGCAACAAAGUUAACUGCAGAUUCAGAGUGUGUGCGUGGCCUGAUGCGUCAGUGGUACUGCCCACUGUGUCGAGGUAUGCCCUCCGUGCGCCCCUGCCGCUCAUUGUGCCUUAACGUGAUGAAGGGCUGCUUAGCCAAUCAGGCUGACCUGGACACCGAAUGGAACAAUUUCAUUGAUGCUCUGUACCAGGUUUCAGAGAAGCUGGAGGGGCCUUUCAACAUGGAGCUUGCAGCCGACUCUAUCUCUGUAAAAGUGUCAGAGGCCAUUAUGCACAUGCAGGAAAACAGUGUCAGCAUCUCCAGCAAAGUGUUCCAAGGCUGUGGAAACCCCAGGCCAGCUCCAGCAAGGUCCAAACGCUCGCCCAAAGAGUCCGGGGGCAACAGGAGGCCUUUCCGCACCUACACUCCUGAAGAGAAACCCACCACUGCUGCAGGCACCAACCUGGAUCGAUUGGUUACCGAGCUGAAAGAGCGUCUGCGGCCCAUGCGGGGCUUCUGGGUGUCCCUCCCACACACCAUCUGCAACGAUGAGAAGAUGGCUGCCGACGUCACUAAUGAGGACCGCUGCUGGAAUGGGCAGACCCGGGGGAGGUACCUGCCAGAUGUGACAGGUGACGGUUUGGUGAGCCAGAUCAAUAACCCUGAGGUGGAAGUGGAUAUUGCACGUCCAGAUGUGAGGACCAGGCAGCUGAUCAUGGAGCUGAGGGUGGUGACCAAUAAACUGAGGCAUGCUAUGAGUGGACAGGACAUGGACUUCAUGGACAGUGAGGAAGGCAGUGGCUCAGGAGGUGGAGAUCAUGGCGAAAGGUACAAUCAUGACUGGCCAGGUUAUGGGCCUUACUCUCCGCCCUACACCAAACCCUCAAAUAACCCCGCCUCCAACCCUGCAAAGCCGCCUCGAGGCCGAGACAGAAACGGGUCCAAGUGGAACAGAAACAACGGGCAGGGACGGGUUCGAUCGGCAGCUGGUCUGCUCUCUUUCUCCCCAUUUUCUUUGUUGCCUCUGCCUUUUGUGGUCACUGCUGCCACCAUGUGGAGAUAGCUGGAUAUUAAAGUGUGGAAGUGAGGGGAAAAUUUCUGUCAUGCUGGAGUCUAAAGCACAUUAUUAAGAAAAUAAUUGCCAUUCCAUUCGGUUACACCAGCAUUAAAACAACAGUAAAAACAGGCUAAUUUAGCAAUAAUCAAAGACCUGUUUACAGCACUAAAUAAACACUGAAUAUUUUUCCUACUCCCCAAGCAACUAAUGAGACAUAAAACACACUGAUAAUUAAAAACACAACUUAAAAAUAUCAUCUUUUAUUUUUUUAGUGUCAUGUUUGACUGAUUGGCUUUAGAUGCUGAACGAUGUGCAGUGCUGGGAGUCUUAAGGGGAACAAAGGAAUAAACUUUUUAACAUCAAAUGAAUUGGCAGGAUGUGUGGGUGAUGGCGGUGACCACUUGGUGGUCUGUGAGGUAGAGAUUAGCCGUGCCCAUAAUUACUAUGUAGUUUCAGUGAGCAGCUGAUUUAACGUACAUUUGUUUGCUGCUUCUCUCUUUAAAUUAAGUUUCAGUACAUUGGAGUUCAUUUUAGCUGUGGUUCAUUUAAUUAAUUUUUCUAUCUUUUUAAAGCAGUAAGAUAAAGUGUUUUAAAUUAAAGCUCCAUACUUUGGCUUGGAAACAUUUGAAAAAGGCAAAAGUGUGACUCUUGAAACCAAACAAUGGGCUGAUUUUGAAUGUAAAAGCUCAAACCAAGUUGGGUUGCUUAUAUCAGUGUAAUAUAUUGCUGUUUUUAAUUUAUUUGUAAUAUCAUAUUUUGUUUUAUUAUUAUUUCAAGACAAUGGCUGUGUGUUUUCUUCUAAUGUAAGUUUGUCUUUCAAGUUCUCUGGUGGUGAAAAAAGGGAAAAAUCAAGUUGUAUUAAUAAUACUUUUUUGUAAACCAGUCAUUUUAAAAUAUUAUCAUAUACAUUAGAACACUUAUUAUCAGCUGUAGUUGUUUUCUGGCUUCUUUACUUCUAAACAGAGAGGGGUAAAGAGCAUCAUGUGUGAGUGUGUGCGUAUGUGUGCGUUUGUGUGAUCGUUUUAUAAUGUUUGUUAUAUGUGCCGGUCUUGUUGAGAGGAUGCUGGGACCUUUUUUAAUAGUAUGCUUUUGUACUUAUUUUUCCUAAAAGCAACAAAAGUUGUUGAAAACAGUCGGUGAGCACACUACAUAUUGUAACGUUGGACUGAAUGGUUUCAGAGAGAAAAAUGAUGUCAGAACUUAGAUGAUGGUUCUUAAUUUUCAUGUGCUGUUUUAAUGAAGAUAAAAUCAAAGAACUUUCAAGACAAAGCUUGUGAGGAGUUGUCAUCAGGAAAGAGGAGAAGAAAAGAUUAGUUUAACAUUCUGGGAAGUGUGCUUAGCUUGCAAAGUGUAAAAUGAUGAGAUUAAGAUUUAGAAAACAACAAAAAGACAGAUUCAGCAGCUGAUUAGUUUAAAACAAAGUAACUAGCUUGGAUGAGAAAAUCUAUAUACAAGGAAUAGUUGAAUUUGCAAAUUAACGUAUUUUAACUUCAGAUCUGCUAAUAAAAAUGCAAUCUUUGCCACGAAAUAGACCAACACACACUUACCAGCCACUUCAUAAAGUAUAUCAGUUCAGUUGUUGAUGUAUAUCUGCCUAGCUAGUCACGCCAGUUAUGUAGACAUGUUAAAGAUGACCUGGUUAAUUUUCACCAGCAGCAGACUGGGUAAGAAUUAGUGUUUUAAGUGACUUUGAACAUGGUAUGGUUAUGUAUGUCAGAUGGGCUGGUCUGAGUAUUUCAGAAACUGCUGAUUCACUGGGAUUUUCCCCACACAACCAUCUCUAGGGUUUACAGAGAAUGGUUUGGCAAAGGGAAAAUAUGCAGUGAGUGGCAGUUCCCUGGGACAAAAUACGUUUUUGAUGGCCUGAGGUCAGAGGAGAAUGACCAGAUGCAUUCAAUCUUGAAUCAGAUAGUCUAUAGUAGCAGAAGACCACACUGAGUGCCACUCCUCUCAGCUAAAAAUGGGGAACUGAAACUAUGAUUCAUGUGGACUGACCAAAAUUGGAUAAUAGAAAGAUUGCCUGGUCUGAUGAUCAGAUGAAGAUGGUUUGGUCAGAAUUUGGUGAAAACAAGAACAUAGAGCACCUUUGGGAUGUGGUGGAACAGCAUCAUGGGUGUGCAGCUGACUAAUCUGCAGCAACGGUGUGAUGCUGUAUUAAGAAUUUAUCCAAAACAUUCCUUAAACUAUGUUGCAAAGAAUUAAGGUAGUUCUCAAGGUCUUCUGAAGUUGUAACCUAUGAAGUGGCCAGUGAGUGUAUAACCUCAGUAUCAAUUUUUACACUUUACUUUUCAGCAUCUUUAAAGUAACAUUUUCUUAAACAUUAUUCAGUGUUGCAUUUUAAUUUGUGUUUUGUAAAGUGAAAGUUGACAGUGUUUCUCACUUUCUAGCUUUUAUGCUGAGCUGCUUGCUUUAGGUCCACCUUAAAAAAAGCAAAUAAGCACAGUUUCCAAAAUGCUCAACUAUUUCCAGGAGAUGAUGAAAGUGACUGAAUAGAACAGCUGGGGAGACAAGAGAAUAUAAGAGAAUGUAUAGAUGCUGCAAAAGGACACUUAAGUUGAAGAGAAAUUGUAAAAUUCCAUUUGCUUGUAACAGAAUUAAAUCUACUGAGGUGGAAAUAUGCCUGUAAAAUAGAAAUAUGAUCUAAAGAAGGAUUUCCUUUCAUAACAUAUCCAUUUUUACACCAAUUACCAACUGUUUCCAACUGCUUUGAAAAUGCUCAGUGGGUAACAGGAACUGUGUAAUGCUAACAUAUUAGUAUGGACCAAAUUCUCUGAGGACUGUUUCCAGCACUUUGUUGAACAAAACGCAAACAAAAUGCCAGCAUGUGAAGGUGGAUAUGUUAAUUUGAAAUGAAAGCCUUCAACAACAGUAGGAACCGUGGCUAAGACUUCACCACACACAGCAUUAUAUUGCACAAAGAAAAUGACAAAGUGUUUCACAGUAUUUUAAAAGCAACAGUGUUUUAAUCGUGUGCUUUCAGUGCUCAGCAGUCAGACAUGUCUGUGAUGGCUGCAAUAUUUCCAUUCAAUUUUAGGAAAGUUGUUUUUGAGUCCGAACUCGCAUCCAUUUCUGCAACUCACAUUCCUUCAUGGUGAAAGUAUAGCACAACUUUUUUUUUUUCAUGUUGUUGUGACAGUUUUUUGGUAUCAAACAAGUGACAUUUUUUGCUUCAUUAAAAAACUGAAGAAAAAGAUGUUGAUUCUUUAAUUUUUUCAAGGUAAUUAUAUUUAAUAACAGCCAAAAUACAAAAACUAAACAACACUUGCUUUAGUUACAGAAUAUUUCCAUGUUCAGGCUUAGAUCAUACGCACAAGUCACCAGCUCAACAAAAAUAACUACAGAUGAACAAAGAAGACAUAAGACUGCAGAGAACAAGCACGUGAUCCAAAGUGGACUACGAAAAAACAAAUCCAAAACAAGAAACAAAGUCACUGAGGUAAAUAUGAAGACAAGAACAGAUACAGGAAGGUAAACUGACAGGCAAACAAGAAGUAGAAGAGGACAGACUGACAACUGACAAAUGGAAAGAGAACUACAU